AUGUCCACCGUCGCUCUCGCCAACGCUGCGCCCGCGCCGAGCGUGGAGGAGGAGACGAAGCAAAGCCUCGUCGAGCAAACCAUGGGCGACGCGGCAGAGCGGCCGCCGCCGUCCAAGUCGGAGAACAUCUUCAUGCAGAUCGCCGUCCACCCGGAUGGCAGCAUCACGCGCCCCGUCGUCCCGUCCGUCCCGGCAUCUCUCGACGCGGCCGUCUCCAGCAGGGACGUGCCCCUGGACGCUUCCCUGGGCACGUACAUCCGGCUCUACCUCCCCAGCAGCCCCGUCGACCCGCCAUCCACCAAACUCCCCAUCAUCCUCUACUUCCACGGCGGCGGCUUCGUGAUUUUCUCCGCGGACACAGUCUUCUACCACGCCUCCUGCGAGGCCAUGGCGGCGGCCAUCCCUGCCAUCGUCGCCUCCGUGAACUACCGCCUGGCGCCCGAGCACCGGCUGCCCGCUGCUUACGACGACGGCGUGGCCGCCAUGCUGUGGCUCCGCGACGCGGCGCACGAGGACCCCUGGAUCGCCGCAUACGGCGACCUCGCCCGCUGCUUCGUCAUGGGCAGCAGCUCCGGCGGGAACCUGGCGUUCAACGCAGCAGUCCGGACCAAGGGCGUCGACCUGAGCCCCGCCGCCGUGCGGGGCGUCCUGCUGCACCAGCCCUACCUCGGCGGCGUGGAGCGCACGCCGUCGGAGGCCGCGUCGGAGGACGACUUCAUGCUGCCGCUGGAGGCCAACGACAAGCUCAUGGGCCUCGCGCUGCCCGUGGGCGCGGACCGUGACCACGAGUUCAGCAACCCGGCCAAGGCGAUGGCGCCCGAAGCCCUGGUCGGCCUGCCACGAUGCCUCGUGUCGGGGAGCGACGGCGACCCGCUGGUACACCGGCAGAGAGGGUUCGCCGCGUGGCUGCGGGACGGCGGCGUGGAGGUCGUCGCCAGGACGGACAGGGCCGGGUUCCACGCCGCUGAGCUCUUUGUUCCGGAGAAGGCCGAGGAGCUUUUCGCCGCGGUGCGAGAGUUCGUCCACGGCGGCGGCGAACCUUGAUACUCGCUUGCGCGUCGGACACCGAACUAGUUGACUCGAUCAUGUCAGUCAGUAUCGAGUUUGUGGAUUGAACUGAUGUAUCUUGUAAGCAAUAAUUCGCCAUUGUUCCUAGCGUGGUGCUGUGGGCUA